AUGGGAGAUUCAAUUACAGAAGGACAAGUGGCUUAAAUGUUAAAAAAGGUUGGAGAUUGGGUAGAUUUAGAUGAAAUAGUAUGCAGUGUAGAAACAGAUAAGACAUAAGUUCCAAUUCGUUCUCCAGAAGCGGGAAUUAUAACCGAAUUAUUCGCGAGUGAUGGUUAAUCUGUAUAAGUUGGAAAGCCGUUCUUUGUAAUUGAUGUAGAUGCAAAAAAGCCUUAAGGAAGUUAAAAACAAACUGAAGGUACGAAAGAAGUUUAAUAAAAAUAAUAAUAAUAAUAAGAAUAAAAAUAAUAAUAAUAGCAAUAACAAUAAUAACCCUAAAAAGCUUAAGAAUAAGUAUAAAACGUAUAAUAAUAACCUAAAAAACAAGAACAUUAGAAACCAAAUUAAUUAGAAAUAUAAUAUGGAGAAAAAAAAGAAAUGAAAGAAGAGAACCAUUAAGUAGAAUGA